UUCUACUAUACUGCAAUGAGAGUGGUAGUUCAGGACAUUGCUUCAUAUCACUGGAUGUCGGUCCAGGUUGGAGCUAUUGUUGCGAUCGUUCUUCUCUUUGUUGGCGCAGUACUUCACAUUGUAGGGCUGGCCACACCAGAAUGGUCGGUGGCAAAAGUUGGCGGAGGUAGUUUUGGUCUAUGGGAGGUGUGCUCAGAGUUAGCGUGCGUUAAAUACGCUGAUCUUCCUGGCUUGGUUACCAUUCCAGACAGUAUAAAGGCCUGUGAAGCAAUGGCCAUAAUUGGAAUGCUAAUUAGCUUUGUUGCUUUAGCAGCGGCGGGGAUUGAUCUCUUUCACAAAAUUUCUGGAAAAGAUGCGAGCGCUCCUUUUCGUCUGAUUUCAACAGCCACUUCCAUUAUUUCAUUUGUGUUUAUCUUGAUUGGAAUUAUUAUCUGGGGCACCAAAGAAUACGAACCAGCUUCUGCAGUGGCCAACAUCGGUUAUUCCUUUAUCCAGAGCAUCAUCGGUGGAAUCACCAUCGCUAUUGGUGGAAUUAUUUUUGGCUUGACAAGUUAAAGGUUGGCUUGGAGCCCAGAAAAUAAUUAAUUUGAAAAAACAAAACGUGUUCUUUAUUAUUUUUCCUUAUGUGUUCUAUUAAGACGCUUUAUCUUUUUUUAUGUAGAGGGACAGUAAAUAUAAAAAAUUAAUAGAAGAAGUGUAUGCAUCAUUGAAAUUUAUUUUACAUUGUUUGAGACAUUUGGUAAAUCGCUGAUAUAGAGCAAGAUA